CUCAUUGGUUGUUGGGGAUGUAUGUAUCUUUUCCCACUAUCAAAUACUUGCCAAGCUCGAAAGCUGACCUCUAAAAAGCUUGACCAAACUUCCCCAAGUCCCUGAAAAAAUUAACUAUAAAACCCAGUUAGGGAAGAGAGGAAACAAUUGGGAGAUCAUAAAGGACUGAGUGGGAGGUUAAUAGAUCAGUAGAUAUGGAGAAAGCACUCAACAGGCAGAGAGUUUUGCUUCAUCAUUUACGACCCUCUUCUUCUUCUUCUUCUUCUCAUGAAUCUGCUGCUACUCUCUUUCCUUCAAAUUGUGCGGCUGGGGAUAGCGCUGCUUAUCACCGGACGGCUGCCUUCGGGGACGAUGUUGUGAUUGUGGCGGCGUGCCGCACUGCAAUUUGUAAGGCCAAACGUGGAGGCUUCAAGGAUACACUUGCAGAUGAUUUACUUGCCCCUGUUUUGAAGGCUUUGAUAGAUAGAACAAAGUUGGACCCAAGUGAAGUUUCUGAUAUAGUUGUGGGUACGGUUUUGGCACCCGGCUCACAAAGAGGAAUCGAGUGUAGGAUGGCUGCAUUCUAUGCUGGUUUCCCUGAUACGGUGCCUAUUAGAACUGUCAACAGGCAAUGUUCAUCUGGCCUACAAGCAGUCGCUGAUGUUGCUGCUUCCAUAAAAGCAGGAUUUUAUGAUAUUGGCAUUGGUGCUGGAUUGGAGAGCAUGACAACUGACAAAGUUGUUCCUGGGGUUCCCAAAGUUAACCCAAAGGUAGAGAGCUUUGCCCAAGCCCGGGAUUGCCUUCUUCCUAUGGGCAUUACUUCUGAAAAUGUUGCAGAACACUAUGGUGUGACACGGCAAGAGCAAGACCAGGCUGCUGUUGAAUCUCAUCGACGUGCUGCUGCUGCAACAGCCUCUGGUAAAUUCAAAGAUGAAAUUGUCCCUGUACUUACCAAGAUUGUGGAUCCCAAAACUGGGGAAGAGAAGGCAGCCACAAUUAUGGUAGAUGAUGGAAUCCGCCCAAACACAAACAUGGCAGAUUUAGCAAAGUUGAAGCCUGCAUUUAAAAAGGAUGGAACCACCACUGCUGGAAAUGCAAGCCAAGUAAGUGAUGGUGCAGGUGCAGCCCUCCUUAUGAAGAGAAGUUUGGCUAUGCAAAAAGGAUUUCCAAUCCUCGGCGUUUUCAGGAGUUUUGCUGCUGUUGGUGUGGAUCCUGCUGUGAUGGGCAUUGGCCCUGCUGUUGCUAUACCGGCUGCUAUAAAGUCUGCUGGUCUUGAGCUUGAUGAUAUAGACUUGUUUGAAAUAAAUGAGGCAUUUGCAUCCCAGUUUGUAUACUCUUGCAAGAAAUUGGGGCUUGAUCGUGAAAAGGUCAAUGUUAAUGGAGGUGCAAUAGCCCUUGGGCAUCCUUUGGGUGCUACAGGAGCUCGAUGUGUGGGAACUCUAUUGAAUGAGAUGAAACGUCGUGGGAAGGACUGUCGCUUUGGAGUGAUCUCAAUGUGCAUAGGCAGUGGAAUGGGGGCCGCUGCUGUUUUCGAAAGGGGGGACUGCGUUGAUGACUUCUGCAAUGCUCGAGCUGUCCAAAAAAACGACCUUCUCUCCAAGGAUGCUCGAUAGAGAUGUUUGUUGGUAUCUUAAAUGUUUGCUUUAUGUAUUCAAUAAAACUUUGGCAUAUUCCCAAGCAAAAGUUAGAUAAUCAUGUCGAUUUCAAGAUCCUUGGAAUGGCUUUAUUCUUCUAUACUAAAUGUUCAUGUUUGCUUAUUA